AUGAACUUGGUCGCGAUGAAUGAUAUGGAUGAGAUCUAUGAGGACCAUGAGUAUGGUGAGAUGGGAGAAUUCGAGGAGUUAUCGGUUGAGGAUGAUGAGAGUGAGGACUCGGAUGAUACGGCAGCGAGUGUGGAGGCAGCAGUGAAGCUGAAAGAGGAGAUAGUCGCCAUGGAGGCAGCAGCAGUGAAUGGUGGAGAUGGAGUUGGUGUCAACACUUUUGCAGCAGCGAUCGUGGUUGAAGAUGAAGCAGUAAAUGCGAAGUGUGUGGGAGUCGCUGUGAAAGGGGACAUCAUGGUGAAAGGAUCAAAGGCGAAUGCAACUGCAAAGGGGCGAGUGCUUACAAAGGAGGAACACGUUGAGGGGUAUGAGACCCGAGAGGUGUUGAGUGUUGAGAUGCCGAGGAGAAGCGAGAGGCUCAAGAAAAUGUUUCAAGGUUUGGAUGUCAAGGCGCUCAACUACAAGACACGUAAGGAGAGGUUCAAGGUGCAGGAGCUGCAGGGGAGCUUCUACACGUUUGAGACCGUGAAGGCAUGGCUGUUACGAGCCAAUCAGAAGCACCCAAAAACGUUUCAGCUGCCCGAGUCGCUACCUCCCAGCUCAGUGGCAGGUGGAGCUGCAGGCCUGGCUGCCACUCUCCUCCUCUACCCCUUCUCUGCUGUCGGCGACCACAUGAGCCUGCAGGUAAAUCUUCAGGUGUCUUCAGGUGUCGCCAGGUACCUUCAGCCGGGAAAGUACCCUGGUCUGCGACAGGCCCUGGUGGGGGUGGCACAGCAGCACGGUGCCUCACAGCUGUUCCGAGGGGUGGUGCCGAAGCUGGCGUCGAUGGUUCCCGCCUCUGCCAUCAACUUCCUCGUCUUCGAGUCGCUGAAAGAGGAGAUCAAGCUGGCCUCCAUGGUGCCCGCCUCUGCAAUCAACUUUCUUGUCUUUGACUCACUCAAGAAGGAGAUCAAGAGGCUGAGAAAUGGCAAAGACCCGUCUGCAGCGCACAUGCUCAUUUCCGGCGCCAUCGCAGGAGCAGCCUCCACUAUAGUCACACACCCAUUCGAGCUCUGCCGGCGCGAAAUCAACAUGAGCUUGCUGCCAAAACACGCCACCCCCACGGGCGGGCACCUGGAGUACAACUCACUUCGCCAGGCAAUGAGGGGGAUAUUGAGGAAGGAGGGGGUGAGGGGGCUGUACAGAGGGGUGCUGCCGAGCCUCAUUGAGCUGGUUCCAGCGACGGCAAUUGGGUUCUUGGUGUAUGAGAUGGGGAAGAGGGUGAUGGUGGCCGAGGGGCAGGAGAGGAGGGAUGAGGUGAAGGGGUGA